CAUUCAUCUUUAAAUAUAUUUUUUUUUGUAAAUUUUUGUGGAGAUAAAUAAAAUGGGAAGUUAUUAUUUUGUAAUUGUUAAUCAAAAUGAUUCACCAAUUUUUGAAACGGAAUUUAUUAACUUAAAAGAAGCUAAGAAAGAGGACCAUCGUCAUUUAAAUCAAUUCAUUGCGCAUGCUGCCUUAGAUUUAGUGGAUGAACAUAUGUGGAAGACAAAUAGUAUGUACCUGAAAUCCGUGGAUAAAUUUAAACAAUGGUUUGUCUCAGCAUUUGUAACAGCAAGUCAAAUGCGCUUCAUAAUGGUUCACGAUACCCGAAACGAAGAUGGUAUUAAAAAUUUCUUUCAUGAUAUCUACGAGGCAUACAUCAAAUACACGCUAAAUCCAUUUUACACCGUUAAUUCGAAAAUUAAAUCGUCCUUGUUUGAGAAACGUGCUUCGCUAUAUGGUAAAAAAUAUUUAGUCAGUUAAAGUCCAAUUUUAAACAACAUCGAUUAAUGUUUAAUUAAAUUCAAGCGAUUAAAUUUUUGGUAUUUUCUCACAAUUUUUAUUUUGGUGAAUAGAAAAAAAAUUAUUCAAAUCGUUUGUUAUUUUAAUACAGAAUGUGUCAAAAGAAAUGUAUGUACAUUCUUUUUUUUGUGUGUGUCUGUAACUCUUAUAAUUAUUAUGAUACAGAAAAAUUUUUUAAUUCACAAUAAUAUCGAAUAAUAAUAAUAAAACAUUGAAUUCAUUGAAAACAACGUAUCACCCGAACACGACUACGAAGUUCAAAAAUUUAUUUUAAUUACAUUGUG